UUAAAACGAUAACGUUUUUGAUUAUUUCGUUUUCGGGAAGAGGAGGCGGCAGUGGUUACAGUUUGGCGGUGUUUCGCGAGAUGGCCGUUAGGUGUCGGCCGUCCAUUUUUGUGUCUAAACAUUUUAUUGAUUCGCCGGUGGGAUUUUCACGAUCGACCCGUCCUUUUCUGUUGAAUCAGUAAGCGAGUAACUCGAGUAGUCAAAAAUUUCGUGAAAAUCCUGUUUGUACCGUGUGUGAUAAGUGCUACCAAGUGAAGAUAAAAUGGCGGGUCAAACAAUAAACGAUCGUUUACUGGCGGCGAAACACAGUCUAGCAGGUCAGGGUUUAGCCAAAUCGGUAUGUAAAGCCACAACCGAGGAACUCUUGGGCCCUAAGAAAAAACACUUAGAUUACUUAGUCCAUUGCACAAAUGAGCCUAACGUGUCGAUACCACAAAUGGCCAAUCUGCUCAUUGAAAGGUCACAGAACACGAGUUGGGUGGUAGUUUACAAAUCGUUGAUAACAACGCACCACUUGAUGUGUUACGGAAACGAAAGAUUCACCCAAUAUUUGGCUUCGAGCAAUGUGUCUUUUCAAUUAUCAAAUUUUGUAGAUAAAACGGGCGUUCAGAGUGCAGUAGGGGCCAGGACCGGUUAUGACAUGUCACCGUUUAUUCGUCGAUACGCUAGAUAUUUAAACGAAAAAGCGCUUUCAUAUAGAGCCGUAGCUUUUGAUUUUUGUAAAGUGAAACGAGGGAAAGAAGAAGGCACUUUGCGCACCAUGAAUUCAGAGAAUCUCUUAAAAACCUUGCCAAUACUCCAGAAUCAGUUAGAUGCUCUCUUAGAAUUCGACUGUACUGCAAAUGAUCUCACAAACGGAGUCAUAAACAUGUGUUUCAUGCUUUUAUUUCGUGAUCUCAUCAGAUUAUUCGCUUGCUAUAACGACGGUAUUAUUAAUUUGUUAGAAAAGUACUUCGAAAUGAACAAAAAACAGUGCCGGGAGGCGCUAGACUUAUACAAGAAGUUCCUUAUCCGAAUGGAUCGCGUGGGCGAAUUCCUCAAAGUCGCCGAAAACAUUGGAAUCGACAAAGGCGACAUACCCGAUCUCACUAGGGCACCCAACAGCCUACUAGAUGCUCUAGAACAGCACCUGGCGUCUUUAGAAGGCAACACACCAACGGCCGCAAGCAACCAAAAAAAUCUCAAGUCAGGAGUGUCAGUCCUGUCAAACACGUCGAACGCCUUCGGGUCCGCCGUCGACGACUCCUUCCAGCAAGCGGCGCUCGCAGAGGAAGAGGCCGUCUUGAACCAAUACAAAGCCAGCGUCGGCUCGCCGACCGCCGCCAGCACCAACCCGUUCCUGAGCGAAGAACCCGCCAUCAAAACGGAGCCGAUCUUGGACCUUUUCGGCGCCGAGACAGUGUCGGCACCGCCGCCCGCCGCCCAGUCGACGAACGCCCUCGACGAUCUGCUGUCGCUAGGUAAUCCGUUUGCCGAUUUUUCAGCCCCCACGUCGACCGCCGCCCCCGUUUCCAACGGGAAUCUAUUCGGGACGGCCCCCGCCUCGACCGCCCCCGCGGCGUCGACGGCCAACAUGUGGGCCAACGGGUUUCCGUCGAACGCCCCAUUUCAGUCGCCGCCGACCCAGACCACUUUCGCCACGAAUAAUCUGAGCGGGCUCUUCAACACGAACGAACCCUCUGUUUUUGAUCCCAUCGGUGCUGACACCUCCAAGCAAGCCCCGGUAAUGGCCCAGUCCGUUGCCCAACCCCAGAGACCCCCGCCGCCUUCUAAAAUAUUAACCGGUGACCUGGAAAGCAGUCUGACUUCGCUAGUGGAAAAUCUAACGAUGGAUUCAGGGAAUCGGUCCAAUCAAUGGAACUCGCCGAAGAAUCAGCCAAAGAGCGCGGGCGGGUGGCAGCCGCAACCGAUGGGCGCCACCACCGCGGCGUCCUACCGACCAAUGGCGCAGCCGAUGGGCCAGCCCAUGAUGGGACAGCCGAUGAUGAUGAUGGGGCAGCCGAUGCAGUAUCCGAUGGGCGGCGUGCAAGUGCCCGUGCAAGGUAGUCCAAAAAUGGCCAACGCGCAGCCGCCACCGACACAACCCGCCAAACAGGAAGUCAGCUUUGAUCCGUUCGGAGAUCUGUAGUGAUGUUUAAGGCUUUAGCGAAUUUUUUAAUGUUUAUUUUGUAUAUAAUGAUAUUGUUCCAAAGCUUUAUUUAUUGGGUUUUUAAAUUAUUGCUUAGGUUUUUAUGUGGAUACUGUUUGUAUAUAUAUUUCUAUUGUUUUGUUUACGUCUUUUCUAUGCAUUAGGUACAACCAUGAAGGUUUAAUAGGUAACUUAAAGUGCAAUGUCAUAGUACUCAAAAACUUAACUUUAAUUAUUAACCUUACUCAAGAGUAACUACCAGCUAAGUUAAACCAUGCUGAAGAUAAUGUAGGAAAGCUUUGGUUUUUUUAACAAAAUUCUUUUAAGUGGCUUUAGUUUUGUCUUAAGAAACUUGUACAUUCCUCAGACGAAGAUCUGUAAUAUUUAUUAUAAGUUUGUAAAAUAUGAACAAAAAUAUUAUUUUUCUACUUAUUAGAGCUAGUCCAUUGUCUGUGCAUAUAUUUUUUUAAUUUUAAAGUGAUAUGUCUACUUGUUCCUGGUUUAUUUAUUUUGUCUUAAGUUUGUGUACAUAAUAAAAAAUGGCUCUACUAUGCAGUUGCAUAAAUUAUAUAAUUUGUAAGUGUUAAAUUGUUAUACAAAAGACUUAUUGUGUUUGCGUUGGAUUAUGAUUAGUGAGAUUCUUCCAGAAUGGCAAAAAUGUAAUUGAUUUCUCUCAUGUACUGAAUACGACACACUAGAACAUAAGGAGCAUUUAAUGUCGAUUAUUAACUGGCAUUGAGCCAUAUCUAUCAAGUAAUUAAUUUUUACCCAAUGCAAGGUAUCAAAUACCAAAUAUCAGUAGCCAUCGUUUAGGUUUAGAUGUUUAGUUUUAUUUAUACAUUAGCAACAUCUGUAUUAUUAUUGUAAUCAAUUGUGACAAUAUAAAAAGAGACAAAGCUGUUGGAUUGAAUAAAUUAUGCUUAUGUGUU